AUGACGCCCCCUCCUGAGCUUCCCAAGAAGCUCGUCACCAUCACUCCCCCUUGGUGUGAGGGUGCUGCAGCGGCCAAUGACCUCGGUCCAGCCCCUUCCCCUUUCCCUCUCACCGUGGCUCACUCUACCCGUCGCCACACUCGUCUCUAUGACGAACUUCGUGACAUCGAUGAGCUCGACAACCGUACUCUUAAGAUCCGCGUCGAUGCUCUCUGUGCCGAGAUCGCCCACUGGCAGGAGAACGACACCGCGACUCUCCAUGGUCUUUCCAAGAUCAUCGUCAUCAAGUACGGCGAGAUCGCUCUCCGUGUCAUCCAUCGCAUCUGGGACCUUCACCUGAUUUACAACCAUGCUCCCAAGAUUCCCGGCGACGAUCCUGGUCCUUUCGACCAGAGCACCUGGCUCACCACCAUCCGCGACACCGUGCUUUACCGCAUGCACGUCAAGUACGCCGAGGACUUCAAGGUUGUCAACCACGAUCAGGUUAACAAGGGGAUCUACGUCACCGAUGUCCUCGUUCAGGAUCACCGCGACCGCGUUGAGCGCGCUGCCAAGGAGAAGGAAGUCUUGACUGCCAUGUUUGAGGAGCUCACCCAAGAGAAUCUCAUCGAGCUUCCUGGGUACAAGGCCACUGCUCUCGGGGUCGCGCCCCUUUUGGCCCUGCGCCAGUGUGGCGAGACCGUCGAGGAGUUCUACAAGACCUCUGACGAAAAGGAAAAUAUUCUUGAGAACGAUGACGAGAGCAGCAUGCAGUACUAUCAAGCCUUUCAGCUUUGGCACAUCGCUGCUCGGGCCGCCAUGGGCUGGGAGCCACGCCGUGUUGGAACUGUCCAGAAUGUUUUGAACAUGUACUGCCACGACAUUCUCCGCCGUCGUCGACUUGAGAAGCGGAAGCGCAACUCUGAGCUACGGCACCAGCUCGAGGCCAUUCUCGGUGACACUCGUGGCGCACAGGUCGGUUUCGGCAGUGAGGUUGAUCCCCAGGAAGAUAGCCAUGAAGAUGACUCUGGCCCUGGAGAGGACACCGAGUCUUCCUCUUCCGACGAGGAUGAAGAGGAUAGCUCUGAUGACGACCGACCUAUCUUCGGCCACUAUGUCAACUAA